UCGGCUUAUAAUUUCUUUUUGAAAUCAGUGAUAUCAUAGUAUACCAAUAAUCUGAAUAACAAAGCGGGAGUCUUGUUGACAAUAUAUCGUACUCAGUUGUUUCGUUACAUUGUUCAAGCGACAACGAGAAGUCUGAUCAUUUCGGAUAUCAAUUUCUUCAAGUAAACAUCAUUUUAUCGUUGGCAAUGGCUUACUUCAGUAUGGGGGAACAAGAUUCAGUACAUUACCAGGAUAACGAAAUGACGGUUCUAUUGAAAAAAAACGGAAUAUCCAAGGAUAACGAAAAGGAAUGGCGACAGAUUGUAGCUGUUUUAAUUGCGUCAUUAACUGCUCUGACGAGUGGAUUUCAUGUGGCCUGGACGUCCCCGUUCUUGGUGAAAAUAGCUGAGGAUGAAGAAUACAACAUAACCGAGAGUCAAGCUUCCUAUUUCACGAUUCUGAACACAGUUGGCAUAGUCCUGUUAUCUCCAUUUCUGUCUGCAUUCUCUGUUACCGAUACAAUUGGUAGAAAACGUACGUUACUGUUAUCCGCCGUUCCUCAUUCACUAGCAUGGAUACUGGAAGCCUUCAGUAAAAAUUUGUACGUGCUCUAUGCUGCCAGACUGUCAGCAGGAUUCGGCGAUGCUCUGUACAUUUCUGCUCUCCCAAUUUAUAUCGGCGAAGUAACUACACCUAAGGUCCGAGGGGUGUGGGGAAACAGUUUGAUAUGCAUGUUGUUCUUCGGCCAGUUCCUCAUGAACAUAAUCGGAGCUUUCUGCAACGUUCAAGAAACCUCAUAUAUUUGUCUGAUUGUCCCAGUAAUAUUUAUAGUCAUCUUCCCAUUCAUACCAGAAACCCCUUACUUCUACAUCAUUCAGAAAAGAGGCGAAGAAGCGAAAAAGUCUCUGCGAAGAUUGAGAGGAAAGCAGAAUGUUGAAGAAGAGUUCAGGAUGCUGGAAGCAGACGUUCAUAGACAGAUGUCUGAGUCAGGUAAAUGGAAAGACAUCCUGGUCAUUGACAGCAAUAGAAAAGCAUUAAUAGCAGCAGUAUUCCUGAGAACUUCACAACUGUUUUGUGGAUUCUACGUAUUCACGUCCUACACCCAAUUCAUUUUCGAAAAGUCUGGAGGGAAUGUUAGCAAAGAAACGUCAUCCAUUAUUUACAUGGGUGUGAGUUUUAUAUGUUUCUCUGUAGCUUCCUUCGUUUUGGAUAGGUUUGGUAGAAUCAAAUCCUACAUAAUUUCUUUGUGUCUGUCGUCCACCAUGCUUCUUUUGGAAGGCGUUUAUUUUUACAUCAAUCGGUACCACCGCGAAAUCGAUUUGACUCCAGUGAAAUUGUUUCCUCUUUCAGGCAUGCUCCUUUUUAUAUUAUUCUGCGGUUUUGGGGUAGGAACAAUACCAACACUAAUGUUGGGAGAAUUAUUUUCAGCUAGUGUGAAAGCUAAGGGAGUUAUUAUCGUCACUGUGCUGUUCGCACUAACAGUGUCUUUUACUAAUUAUAUAUUCUACCUCAUCAAUUCUUACACAGGCUUAUGUGGACCGUUCAUACUUUUUGCUUGUUGUGGUUUUUUAUCGGCUAUUUUGACGAACUUUCUUGUUCCCGAAACAAGAGGAAAAACUCUGGAAGAGAUUCAACAAAUACUCAAAACCGGCUUUCGAUGAUCUGUAUAGCUUUCUCAGUAUUUUUGUGAGCAUGUGCAAAUGUUUAUUAUGUCUUGAUUUUUCAAUAACAUCAGUAGGAAUGAGUGAGGAUGAAUUCUCUAUAGUCAGUGUGAUUCUACAAGUUCCAAGUAGAAUUAGUUCAAUCAUCGACAAUUAUUUAACUGAUUUGUUGAACACAUCAAAUAAAUAAGUUCAAAUGGAAAUGUAGAGAUUUGCACAGAUUGCUCCGAUAUUAUUUAUAUGUGUAUUGUUCAAAAAGAAUAAAAUGUCAAAAUUUAA